AUGCAGACGACUGUCCUAAAGCUUCUGGAACAAUUAAAGGACACAGCCAACAAAAGCAUUGAAGUUGCGCGGGGCUUGAGGCCGCCACUGGAAGAAGCGUUCAGCCAAGACGCCGACCCCUGGGAAGACUCCAGCGACAACAGCAGCUCAGACGACAGUGACCAGUUCAAUACAAAGACAGAACUGGGCCAGAACAUGUCCGAGAUGACUCAAAUUCUGUCGGAUCUGUUCAGGCUGUCUUUCAACAUCCGAAAUCCCACAGCCAGAUCAAGCACACAAUCAAUUAUCAAAGCCAUGCUCCACAAGGAGAUGGUCCAGAUUGAUGAUGCGACGAGCGUUGAUUUGCUGAACUCUUACUCCAGAACAGAGGGCACAGCGUAUGACCUAAAACUAGACGACAAUCUCGACAACCAGUCUGCAAAAUCGUACGCAACUACGGCUUACGGCAUCGACGGCACCGUUGCGGAGCUACCGCAGCCCCCCUCGACGCAACCCAAGCAAUCGGAAUUCACUUGCCAGUACUGCUGGGUCGUGUGCCCCGUGCGGGACGCAAAAGGCAAAUGUUGGAGAGAGCACAUCCUUCAGGAUCUCCAGCCAUACCUGUGCACAUAUGCCGAUUGUCAAGAGCCUCUUACCAUGUAUGCCAGUCGCAAGACUUGGCUGGACCACGAAGCACAAGCGCACCGCAAAGUAUGGCGCUGCUUUGAGCAUAUCUACCCCUUCAAGUCCAAAGGCGCAUUAAAGCACCACCUCGAGAUGGAGCACCGAACCCUUGGCAAAGCUCAGAUCCAGGGCAUCGUGGACCUUGGUCAGGCGACGGUCAAGGAUGAAAGGACCACAUGCCCCUUUUGCCUAUCCAAAGGACCAUUCCAGAAAGAUCUCGCAAACCACAUGGCCCAUCACAUGGAGAAGCUCGCGUGCUUCGCCGCACCAAGGAACUUCUCUGCAGGUACAUAUAAAGGGCCCGUAUCUGCUGGAAUUGGAUCCACGAACAACGCCGAAGAGCACUCGCGUCGAGGCCCAGAAGAGCUGAUGCGCGUGGCCAACUGGUUAACACCCAUCGACUAUUCAGGUGAACAGAAGGAUCUCAUUCACAGACGACAGGAAGGAACGGGGCAGUGGCUACUCGAGUCGAAAGAGUUCCAGGCCUGGGUUCACCAACCAAAAGAUCUACAGGAGCAGGUCAAGAACGCAAUUGUCGGAUUUGCGGACGGCUUAUUUUUGCGUGCAGAGCUUCUUGUUGAUACCCUUAUGAAAAAUGCAACAAUUGAGACUCUUCAAGCUGAUCUGGCGACUCUGCGGGUGGGCUACGCAACGGUUGGGCAUUUUUACGAGGACGCAAUGGGGCGAAUCGCGAGACAGUCCUAUGACCAGAGACAGCUUGCUAUGAAGGUGCUUUUAUGGAUCACCUGCGCAAAGAGACGCCUCAAGACAGCAGAAUUACAACAUGCCCUUGCGGUGAAACCUGGCGAUGUCGGUCUUGACGAGGAUAACCUUCCACAAAUCGAAGACAUUGUCUCUGUUUGCACUGAAUUCACACGAGAGCUAUGGUUUCCAGAUGCGGACGUCGAUAUCGCGAUGAUCUGUGUUACAUACCUCUCAUUCGAUGUCUUUCACAGUGGCAUCUGUGAAACCGAGAGCGAGCUAAAGGAGCGGCUGCAAUUGUACCCGCUUUAUGGAUACGCCUCGUGCCAAUGGGGACACCAUGUUGGCCGGACUUCGACGCUCACGCUCCAUCCUGUCGUCAUGGAGUUCCUGAAGGAUACGCCGAAAGUGGAAGCUUCAAGCCAGGCACUUUUGAGAUUCUGUCGAUCAGACUUUACCAGAGACAGGGAGCAAAUGGGAGGGCUUCACUUGACGGCGUACUUUGACCUUUGGGACUUGUUUGAAGCCCUGUUUAAGAACGAUGCGAAUUUCAAAGGCAGCAAUGGCCGGACGCCACUGUCAUGGGCUGCCGAGUCUGGGAAAGAGGCCGUCGUUGAUAUGCUUCUCGCCAGCGGUGCCAGCAUUGACACAGGCGAUGCCGGUGGCCGGACGCCGCUGUCAUGGGCUGCUUACAUCGGGCAAAAGGCCGUCGUCCAUCUACUGCUAGCCAACGGCACCAAAACUGAGACAUGCGAUGUGAGUGGCCGGACGCCGCUAUCGUGGGCCGUUGAGUCCGAGGACGAGACCGUCGUUAGUCUGCUGAUCGCCAGCGGCGCCAAUAUUGAGACAAGAGAUACGUCUGGCCGGACGCCGCUGUUGUGGGCUGCUCGGCUCGGGCAAGAUGCCAUCGUCCAUCUGUUGCUAGCCAAGGGCGCCGAUCCUAAGAUAAGCGAUACGGGCGGCCGGACGCCGCUAUCGUGGGCCGUUGAGUUUGGGCACGAGGCCGUGAUAAAGCUUCUACAACCACAAGAAUAG